GAUACCGUUAUCCGGUCACAGCAGAUCUGCCCACCUUGUGUUAUCAGUUGGCUUUGUCCCUGUCACGGUACUUAAGUGGGUGUCUGGCAGGUGUGUGAUGGAGGGGGGCUCGGUGCAGACUAAAAGAAACCCCCGGGGACCGUAAAGCGGCCAGCUUCUGUUACCCGCGGGUGUAUUGUCACGGACAGGACGCAUCUUCUCGGGCUCCUCAGUAUUUUCUGGCCUCGGAUCUGUUCCCGUUAUUUCUAGGAUUUACCUGUCUCAUCGCAGCCUAGUGUGAUUAUCUAGGGGGAUGAUGGCCAGCGACAAGCCGCUGGCGGGGGCCGGCUGUCCGGACAGGGAUACCUCGGGUGGUACUGCUGGCUCCGGCUCCAUGGUCCUACCCGGUGGUGUCAUCAACCCGUCUGUCCCCAUCCGCAACAUUAGGAUGAAAUUCGCAGUUCUCAUCGGGCUCAUCCAAGUCGGAGAGGUUAGCAAUAGGGACAUCGUGGAAACCGUGCUCAACCUGCUGGUUGGUGGAGAGUUUGAUCUAGAGAUGAACUUUAUUAUUCAAGAUGCUGAGAGCAUUACAUGUAUGUCGGAGCUUUUGGAACACUGUGAUGUUACUUGCCAGGCUGAGAUAUGGAGCAUGUUCACAGCUAUUCUACGGAAAAGUGUCCGUAAUCUCCAGACCAGCACAGAAGUUGGCCUUAUUGAGCAAGUACUGCUGAAGAUGAGCUCUGUUGAUGACAUGAUUGCAGAUCUUCUAGUUGACAUGUUGGGAGUUCUUGCCAGCUACAGUAUCACUGUCAAGGAACUAAAGCUUUUGUUCAGCAUGCUGCGGGGAGAAAAUGGAAUCUGGCCAAGACAUGCAGUUAAAUUGUUAUCAGUUCUCAAUCAAAUGCCACAAAGACAUGGACCCGAUACCUUUUUCAAUUUCCCUGGUCGCAGUGCUGCUGCUAUUGCACUGCCUCCUAUUGCUAAGUGGCCUUACCAAAAUGGUUUCACUCUUAACACAUGGUUUCGUAUGGAUCCAUUAAACAACAUAAAUGUUGAUAAGGAUAAACCGUAUCUUUAUUGUUUUCGUACAAGCAAAGGAGUUGGUUAUUCUGCACACUUUGUUGGUAACUGUUUGAUAGUCACUUCCCUGAAAUCAAAAGGAAAGGGUUUUCAGCACUGUGUAAAGUAUGAUUUCCAGCCUCGUAAGUGGUAUAUGAUAAGCAUAGUCCAUAUUUAUAACCGUUGGCGAAACAGUGAAAUACGCUGCUAUGUGAAUGGCCAGCUAGUGUCCUAUGGAGAUAUGGCAUGGCAUGUCAACACAAAUGAUAGUUACGACAAAUGCUUUCUCGGAUCCUCAGAGACUGCUGAUGCAAACAGAGUGUUCUGUGGUCAGCUUGGAGCAGUGUAUGUUUUUAUCGAGGCUCUUAACCCUGCUCAGAUCUUUGCAAUACAUCAGCUUGGACCAGGCUAUAAGAGCACAUUCAAGUUUAAAUCUGAGAGUGACAUUCACCUUGCUGAGCACCACAAACAGGUUCUGUAUGAUGGAAAACUUGCAAGCAGUAUAGCAUUUACAUACAAUGCAAAGGCUACGGAUGCCCAGCUCUGCCUUGAAUCAUCACCAAAGGAAAAUCCCUCAAUUUUUGUGCAUUCGCCACAUGCAUUAAUGCUUCAGGAUGUAAAAGCGAUAGUAACUCACUCGAUACAUAGUGCAAUUCAUUCAAUUGGGGGUAUCCAGGUUCUCUUCCCGCUCUUUGCACAACUGGACAAUCGGCAGUUGAAUGACAGCCAAGUGGAAACAACUGUUUGUGCAACACUUUUAGCUUUCCUUGUUGAGCUGUUAAAGAGUUCAGUAGCCAUGCAGGAGCAGAUGCUUGGCGGGAAGGGUUUCUUAGUCAUUGGCUACCUACUGGAAAAGUCUUCAAGAGUUCACAUAACCCGAGCGGUUUUAGAGCAGUUUUUGUCUUUUGCAAAGUACUUGGAUGGUUUAUCUCAUGGAGCGCCUUUGCUGAAACAGCUUUGUGAUCAUAUCCUUUUCAAUCCAGCUAUAUGGAUACAUACACCAGCAAAGGUGCAGCUUUCACUCUAUACCUACCUAUCUGCUGAGUUUAUCGGCACUGCCACAAUAUACACCACCAUCCGCAGGGUGGGAACAGUAUUACAGCUAAUGCAUACACUGAAAUAUUACUACUGGGUUGUUAAUCCUAUAGACAGCAGUGGAAUUAAUCCAAAGGGCCUUGAUGGUUCCCGGCCUUCUCAGAAAGAAAUCAUUUCACUGCGUGCAUUUAUGUUGCUAUUUUUGAAGCAAUUAAUUCUUAAGGAUCGGGGUGUUAAAGAAGACGAGCUACAGAGUAUAUUAAAUUACUUGCUCACAAUGCACGAGGAUGAGAAUAUUCAUGAUGUCCUACAGCUUUUGGUUGCUUUAAUGUCGGAACACCCUGCAUCAAUGAUACCUGCAUUUGAUCAGAGGAAUGGGAUACGGGUGAUUUAUAAGCUAUUGGCUUCCAAAAGCGAAAGUAUCCGAGUCCAGGCACUGAAGGUACUGGGGUACUUCCUUAAGCACCUAGGACACAAGAGGAAGGUUGAAAUCAUGCACACUCACAGCCUUUUCACUCUGCUCGGGGAAAGGCUGAUGCUGCAUACGAAUACGGUUUCAGUUACGACAUAUAACACGUUAUAUGAGAUUUUAACUGAACAGGUAUGUACGCAAGUGGUUCAUAAGCCUCAUCCAGAGCCAGAUUCAACUGUGAAAAUUCAGAAUCCAAUGAUUCUGAAGGUAGUUGCAACGCUGCUAAAAAAUUCUACUCCAAGCUCAGAGCUAAUGGAAGUUCGUCGUCUGUUCCUGUCAGAUAUGAUAAAGCUUUUCAGUAACAGCCGGGAAAACAGGCGAUGUCUUCUUCAGUGUUCCGUAUGGCAAGACUGGAUGUUUUCACUUGGCUAUAUAAAUCCCAAGAAUUCAGAAGAACAGAAGAUUACAGAGAUGGUGUACAACAUAUUCAGAAUACUUCUGUAUCACGCAAUAAAAUAUGAAUGGGGAGGCUGGCGAGUCUGGGUUGAUACUCUCUCUAUAGCCCAUUCUAAGGUUACUUAUGAAGCUCACAAGGAGUAUUUGGCUAAAAUGUAUGAAGAAUAUCAAAGACAAGAAGAGGAAAACAUCAAAAAGGGAAAGAAAGGCAAUGUUAGCACCAUCUCGGGGCUCUCAUCUCAGGCCGUAGCUGCUAAAGGUGGACUAGAAAUCAGAGAAAUAGAAGAUCUCUCACAGAGUCAAAGUCCAGAAAGUGAAACGGAUUAUCCAGUCAAUACAGACACCAGAGAUUUGUUAAUGGCAACUAAAAUUUCUGAUGAUGCUCUUGUAAGUUCUGAUAGGCCAACAGCUGGAGUUAGGGUAGAAGUUCAUGAUCUCUUAGUUGACAUUAAGGCCGAAAAGGUAGAAGCUACAGAAGUAAAACUUGAUGACUUGGAUUUAUCUCCAGAGACCUUAGUCGGUGGAGAAAAUGGUGCUCUUGUUGAGGUAGAAUCAUUACUAGAUAAUGUAUAUAGUGCAGCUGUUGAAAAGCUUCAAAAUAAUGUUCAUGACAGUGUUGGCAUUAUAAAGGAAAGUGAAGAAAAAGAUGGUCCUCUCAUCACAUUAGCUGAUGAUAAAGACCAAACCACUCCCAAUAAUACCUCAUUUCUUUUUGAAAAGAUGACACAUUCUGAGGAUAAACUUUUACCUGAACUAACUAGUGGUAAUCAUCUUACUAUUGCAAAUGUCCAGGAUUCACAUGUACACCUUGGUGUUAAUGAUGACCUUGGUUUACUGGCUCACAUGACUGGUGGUGUAGACUUGACAUGUGCAUCAGCUGUAAUUGGUGAGAAGGAUUUCAAAAUUCAUACAACAGCUGAUAGCUUGAGUAGCCUCACUGACCGGGAGCUGGCUUCUUCUUCCAAAGGACUUGAGUAUGCUCAAAUGGCAGCCACAACUCUUGAAACGGAAUCUUCUGGAAGUAAAUCCAUAGUAAAUAUGGAUGCAAGUAGCACAGUAUCCGAUACAGAGAGGUCUGAUGAUGGGCGAGAGCUUGGCAAAGAGAUAAAGAAAAUUCAGACUACUACUACCACAACACAAGCUAUUCAAGGGCGCACCAUGAGCCAGCAUGAGCGAGACCUGCGUGUUGACUUGGGAUUCCGGGGCAUGCCAAUGACUGAGGAGCAACGUCGUCAGUUUAGUCCUGGACCACGUACCACAAUGUUCAGGAUUCCUGAAUUCAAAUGGUCUCCAAUGCACCAGCGUCUUCUGACAGAUUUAUUGUUUGCUCUGGAAACAGAUGUACAUGUUUGGAGAAGCCAUUCAACAAAAUCUGUGAUGGACUUUGUCAAUAGUAAUGAAAAUAUCAUUUUCGUCCACAACACAAUCCACCUGAUUUCCCAAAUGGUUGACAAUAUUAUUAUCGCCUGUGGAGGAAUAUUGCCUUUGUUGUCUGCAGCAACAUCGCCAACUGGUUCUAAGGUUAGUAUAACUGAUACGGAGUUGGAAAACAUUGAAGUGACACAGGGGAUGUCAUCAGAGACGGCAGUGACUUUCCUUAGUCGCCUUAUGGCUAUGGUAGACGUCCUGGUAUUUGCCAGUUCCCUAAAUUUCAGUGAGAUUGAAGCAGAGAAAAACAUGUCUUCUGGUGGCUUAAUGCGGCAGUGCCUGAGGCUUGUUUGUUGUGUAGCUGUGCGGAACUGUUUGGAAUGUCGACAGAGGCAACGCGACAGAGUCACUAAACCUUCCAUGGCUAGCAGUAAAGUGCAGGACAAUUUUCAAAGUGUUCCUGGUGCCCCUAUCACAAAGACACCAGUAGACAGUGUUCCUGGAAAUCUUUCACCAAUAAAGGAUCCUGAUCGACUUCUUCAAGAUGUUGACAUUAAUCGUCUCCGUGCUGUAGUUUUUCGUGAUGUGGAUGACAGUAAACAGGCUCAGUUCUUAGCUUUGGCUGUUGUCUACUUUAUAUCUGUUUUAAUGGUAUCCAAAUACCGUGAUAUAUUAGAGCCUCAGAGGGAAACUGCACGGUCCACAAACCAGUCUGCUAGGAACAUUAGACAAGAAAUUAAUUCACCAACAAGUACAGAUACACCAGCUUUGUUUCCAGAUCUGAAAGAAAAGGAGACACCAACACCCAUUGAGGAGCUUCACCUAGAGACUUCCAUUCCUCAUACGGACUCUGGCAUUGGCGAAGAGCACCUUAGCAGUAUCUUAAAUGGGACUGAUCUGGAUACAAGCCCAGAUGUCAUGGGGGAAUUACUGUCUACACUUUCUUCUGAUGUAAAACAAUCACAAGAGAGUUUAGCAGACAGUCCAAAUGAAAUACUUAAGCCAGCACCUUCAAUAUCCAGUAUCAGCCAAAGCAAGGGCAUUAAUGUCAAAGAGAUACUGAAAAGUCUUGUAGCUGCUCCGUUUGAGAUAACAGAAACAGGACCAGACCCAGUACCUUAUCCUGACCCAGCAUUAAAAAGAGAAAUGCAAGCCAUUCUCCCCAUGCAGUUUCACUCCUUUGACAGAAGUGUUGUUGUGCCUGUGAAGAAACCACCUCCUGGUAGCUUAGCAGUUAACACAGUUGGAGCAGCUAGCGGAGGGGCGCUAACCCCGAGCACUACACCAAAUAUAUUUGCUUCUACUGGAGCAACACCAAAAAGUAUGAUCAAUACAACAGGUGCUGUGGAUUCAGCGUCAUCUUCCUCAUCCUCAUCCUCUAGUUUUGUGAAUGGUGCUACAAGUAAAAACCUUCCAGCUGUGCAAACUGUGGCUCCCAUGCCAGAGGACUCUGCAGAAAGUAUGAGUAUCACUGCCAAACUUGAAAGAGCAUUAGAAAAAGUUGCACCUUUACUGCGUGAAAUCUUUGUUGAUUUCGCCCCAUUCCUCUCACGGACAUUGCUGGGUAGUCAUGGACAAGAGCUAUUAAUUGAAGGACUUGUUUGCAUGAAGUCCAGCACAUCAGUAGUCGAAUUAGUCAUGUUACUUUGCUCUCAGGAAUGGCAAAAUUCCAUCCAAAAGAAUGCUGGACUUGCAUUUAUUGAGCUCAUCAAUGAGGGAAGGUUGUUGUGUCAUGCUAUGAAAGACCACAUAGUGCGUGUUGCGAAUGAGGCAGAAUUUAUUUUAAACAGACAGAGAGCAGAGGAUGUACAUAAACAUGCCGAGUUUGAGUCCCAAUGUGCACAGUAUGCAGCUGACAGGAGGGAAGAAGAGAAGAUGUGUGACCAUUUAAUCAGUGCUGCCAAACACAGAGAUCAUGUCACAGCCAACCAGCUAAAGCAGAAGAUUCUUAACAUUCUCACCAACAAACAUGGAGCCUGGGGAGCAAUAUCUCAAAGCCAACUACAUGACUUCUGGCGGCUGGAUUAUUGGGAAGAUGACCUGCGGCGAAGAAGACGAUUUGUGCGUAAUGCGUUUGGAUCAACUCAUUCAGAUGCACGAUUAAAGUCAGCUAUUGAAUAUGGCACAGAUGAAGAUGUCAUGAAAUCAAAGAAGACUUUCCGAAGCCAGGCAACUGUUAAUCAAAAUGCUGAAACCGAGUUAAUGCUUGAAGGAGAUGAUGAUGCAGUUAGUCUGCUUCAGGAAAAGGAAAUUGACAACCUUGCAGGUCCUGUAGUGCUCAGUACCCCAGCCCAGCUCAUAGCACCAGUUGUGGUAGCCAAGGGCACACUCUCCAUCACCACCACUGAAAUCUACUUUGAGGUGGAUGAAGAGGAUCCUGCAUUUAAAAAGAUCGACCCCAAGAUUCUUGUUUACACUGAAGGCCUACAUGGAAAAUGGAUGUUCAGCGAGAUUCGAGCAGUUUUUUCCAGGCGAUAUCUCCUUCAAAAUACUGCUUUGGAAGUAUUCAUGGCAAACCGUACUUCGGUCAUGUUUAAUUUUCCUGAUCAAGCCACCGUAAAAAAAGUUGUGUACAGCCUACCUCGUGUUGGUGUAGGAACCAGCUAUGGCUUACCACAAGCCAGGAGAAUAUCCUUGGCCACUCCCAGGCAGCUUUUUAAGUCCUCCAACAUGACGCAGCGUUGGCAGAGAAGGGAGAUUUCUAACUUUGAAUACUUGAUGUUCCUUAAUACCAUAGCAGGGCGAACCUACAAUGACUUGAAUCAGUAUCCUGUAUUUCCAUGGGUAUUAACAAAUUACGAAUCCGAGGAGUUGGAUCUCACAUUGCCAGGCAAUUUCAGGGACCUUUCAAAGCCUAUUGGUGCUUUGAAUCCAAAGAGAGCCGUAUUUUAUGCUGAGCGUUACGAAACAUGGGAGGAUGACCAGACGUCGCCAUACCACUACAACACUCAUUAUUCCACUUCCACAUUUACGUUAUGUUGGCUUGUUCGAAUUGAGCCCUUCACUACAUUUUUUCUUAUUGCCAAUGAUGGCAAAUUUGACCAUUCAGAUCGAACAUUUUCUGCAGUUGCCAGAUCAUGGAGGAAUAGCCAAAGAGACACCUCAGAUGUAAAGGAACUUAUUCCAGAAUUCUACUACCUACCGGAGAUGUUUGUCAAUAGCAAUGCAUACAAUUUUGGGGUCAGAGACGAUAAUGUUGUAGUAAAUGAUGUUGAACUUCCCCCGUGGGCAAAAAAUCCUGAGGACUUUGUUCGAAUUAACAGAAUGGCCCUGGAAAGUGAAUUUGUGUCUUGUCAGCUGCAUCAGUGGAUAGAUCUCAUCUUUGGUUACAAGCAACGAGGACCAGAAGCUGUGCGAGCGCUAAAUGUCUUUCACUAUGUAACAUAUGAAGGCUCUGUGAACCUAGACAGUGUCAGCGAUCCUAUGCUACGAGAAAUUCCAGAAGCGUACUUUAUUAGAGACCCUCACACUUUUCUUCUUACUGGGGAUUUUGUAAAGGCCAUGGAGGCACAGAUACAGAAUUUUGGACAGACGCCAUCUCAGUUGCUUAUUGAGCCACAUCCGCCUCGGAGCUCUGCCAUGCACCUGUGUUUCCUUCCACAGAGCCCUCUCAUGUUUAAAGAUCAGAUGCAGCAAGAUGUUAUAAUGGUGCUGAAAUUUCCAUCUAACUCCCCAGUUACUCAUGUCGCAGCAAAUACUCUUCCCCACCUUACAAUCCCUGCAGUGGUAACUGUGACGUGCAGCCGGCUGUUUGCUGUAAAUAGAUGGCACAACACUGUGGGGCUGAGGGGGGCGCCAGGGUACUCACUGGAUCAGGCCCAUCAUCUUCCCAUUGAGAUGGAUUCAUUGAUUGCCAAUAAUUCUGGUGUAAAUAAGCGCCAGAUCACUGACCUUGUGGAUCAGAGCAUCCAGAUCAAUGCGCACUGUUUUGUGGUCACAGCUGAUAACCGCUACAUUCUUAUCUGUGGCUUCUGGGAUAAAAGCUUCAGGGUUUACUCAACAGAAACAGGAAAGUUAACACAAAUUGUGUUUGGACACUGGGAUGUAGUCACGUGCCUGGCAAGGUCAGAAUCAUACAUUGGUGGUGACUGCUACAUAGUGUCUGGGUCUCGUGAUGCCACGCUACUUCUGUGGUACUGGAGCGGAAGGCACCAUAUAAUCGGGGACAACCCAAAUAACAGUGAUUACCCAGCUCCAAGAGCUGUACUCACUGGCCAUGACCACGAGGUUGUCUGCGUAUCAGUAUGUGCCGAGCUGGGUCUUGUAAUAAGUGGCGCUAAAGAAGGCCCAUGUCUAGUUCAUACCAUCACUGGAGAUCUGCUAAGAGCACUGGAAGGCCCAGACAACUGUUUGUACCCUCGCUUAAUUUCAGUGUCUAGUGAGGGUCAUUGCAUUAUAUACUAUGAAAGAGGGCGGUUUUGCAAUUUCAGCAUCAAUGGAAAACUUCUUGGCCAAAUGGAAACUAAUGAUUCAACCAGGGCAAUUCUUCUGAGCAGCGAUGGGCAGAAUCUUGUGACAGGCGGGGAUAAUGGUGUUGUGGAGGUUUGGCAAGCUUGUGAUUUUAAACAGCUCUAUAUUUAUCCUGGCUGCGAUGCCGGAAUUAGAGCAAUGGAUCUGUCACAUGAUCAGAGGACUCUGAUUACUGGCAUGGCUUCUGGUAGCAUUGUAGCUUUCAAUAUAGAUUUUAAUCGGUGGCAUUACGAACAUCAGAACAGAUAUUAAAGGAAGGUUGAAGAGCUGAAAGCCAAGUAGAGGCUGAGAGCACAAGUGGUGCAGUGAGAAAGCGUCGUCAUCUCUGGUGGAAAACCAAGUCUGCAUUGACCUCCGUUGUACAUUCCAUCACACCCAGCAAUAGCUGUACAUUGUAGUCAGCAACCAUUUUACUUUAUGUGUUUUUCAAAACUGAACACCAGCUGCUAAGAGCAAGCUUGUAUCAUGUAAAAUAUGAGGAUUAGGAGAUGUUUUGGUAAUCAUUUCAACUUAAUUUUGGAAAAGGUGGUAGGACUCAUCACAGAGACUUGGUCAUUCUGAAGGACCACAUGUCCAGCUGUUAUGGUGUUUAGCUUAAAUCCCACUUCCAGCCUCUUUUCAAGCUGUGAAAACAAUGUUUGAUACUUUGUACAUCAGAUGCACAUCUUAACUUUAAAAGGGAUGCUUUUGUAAAAGUAAAACCUUGUAUAAAGAACAAAAAAAAAAAGUUUCCUAAUUUUAUCGUGGAGCUACAACGUGCUUGUACUUCAAACCUGUCGUCUUGAUGGAGCAGGUAUAUCACAGAAACAAAAUGGUGCAGCUUGUAUUAAAAGGUUGAAUUUGGGUUAUAUUUUCUGAUAAUUUUACCAUUUACACCAAAAUAUGCUUUGCACUUUUUUUCUUUUACCCCUUUUUAAUGAAGUCCCUUAAACUUUUGAAACUUAGGGAUAUGAAGCCAUGGUUUGCCAUAAGUCUUUCAUGAAAGAAGAACUAAUUACUGUAAUAUUUCUCUUAUUUAUUUAUGAUCAUUAUGAAAAACAGUUCUGAUAUUUACUGAGUAUGAGUCUUACAUUUCAUAGUGCCAGUCGUUGGGAGCUCAUAGUUCAAACCUUUGUACCCUAAAUAGGGUAACAGGUUAAGAGACUCAUUUUAAUGUUUUAAUUUAAAAGAUAUUGCUUUAUUUCAUACCAACGUAGGCUCUCGUAUAUUAACUGAUUAGUGUUAAUCUGUUACUUUAUGGUGGUAUAUUCACCUAAACCACAUUCCCAGAGUAAUGCUUUAUAUUUACAAUACUGCAGUGGUGGCUGUCAAAAUAAUUUCCUGCACAUUGUACUGUUAAACUGAGACAACCAGGGGUAAAUACACUUGUUUAUUCUUUGUAUAUUUGGUGACUGUAUUGUCAUAGAUGUACAUAUUGUGUCGGUAGGGAUAUGAGGCAUGUAACAGGAAUGUCAUUUUCUCAGAACAUACACUCACUUGCAGUCAUUUAUUUAAAAAUGAAAAGAACAUCAAAUGAAACAAUGGACUAAUUGUAUUUGGCACUUUGCACCAGAAACAUAUCAUUAUUUAUUGAUGUGAUUAAUUAUUUGUUCCUCACCUUGUAUUAGUAAGUUUUACCACUGACUUUCUUCUACAUUGCUGUUUGUAUUAAAAAAAAAAAAAAAGAAAAGAUUCCUAAAAACUUUCAGGAAUCAAACUAAAUAUUAAGUUAUUCAUCACCAGUCUGUAAGCAAUAUCUUGAGUUGUAGCUUAGAGUAGGGGAUAUUGAGCAUCUGGGAGAUAAGUUCAUUUCAUCUUGAAAUCAUGGUGAAAUAUUUUGGAUAUAUAAAUUCCUUAAGCUAUUGUAACCAUGUUUUAUUGCAAAGAUGUAAAAUAUGCCAGAUGUGUUAAGUUGGAAAUAAAAAAAAAAAAAGAAAAAUAAAAUAUGCAAAUAACUAA